AGGGAGGCACUGGGCGGUCGGCCAAGCGGAGCGGGGUCACAAUUUGGGUUUGUAGCAAAAAUGCUUUCAGAACAGACAGCAGCCCUGGGGACAGGAUGGGAGCCAAUGAAUGUCCAACUGGAUGGAGCAGAGCCCCAGAUGGAAAGGAGAAGCCAGGAAGAGGGGCCAUGGAGAGCAGCCCAAGGGCCACUGGAGCACCUGUGCUGUGACCUUGAAGAGGAGCCACAGACCCUUCAGGAGAAAGCUCAGUCGGCUCCCUGGGUUCCUGCUGUUCCCCAGGAGGGGAGCACCGGAGAUUGGGAGAUGGCAGCUGCACUUCUUGCAGCCGGAUCACAGGGACUGGUCACCAUCAAGGAUGUGUCACUGUGCUUCUCUCAGGAGGAGUGGCGGAGUCUGGACCCUUCUCAGACAGACUUUUAUGGAGAAUAUGUCAUGCAGGAAAACUGUGGGAUAGUGGUCUCUCUAAGAUUUCCAAUUCCCAAGUUGGACAUGCUUUCUCAACUAGAAGGAGUGGAAGAACAGUGGGUCCCUGACCCCCAGGACUUAGAGGAGAGGGAUAUCCUGAGGGUCACAUAUACAGGAGAUGGAAGUGAGCAUGAGGGGGAUACCCCUGAACUAGAAGCAGAACCUCCCAGAAUGUUAUCUAGCGUGUCUGAAGAAACUAUUCUCUGGAACCCAGAGCAAGAUGAGAGCUGGGAUUCCAUGCCCAGGAGCUCCAGAGGAAUGCUUCUGGGCCCACCUUUUCUUCAGGAAGAUAGCUUCUCCAACCUUCUAUGUAGUACAGAGAUGGAUUCCCUGUUAAGACCACACACAUGUCCCCAGUGUGGCAAACAGUUUGUCUGGGGCUCCCACCUUGCCAGGCACCAGCAAACACACACUGGAGAAAGGCCCUACAGCUGCCUCAAGUGUGAGAAGAGCUUUGGACGAAGACAUCACCUGAUCCGGCACCAGAAAACUCAUCUCCAUGACAAGCCCAGCAGGUGCUCUGAGUGUGGCAAGAAUUUCCGCUGCAACUCCCACCUGGCCAGCCACCAGAGGGUGCACGCAGAAGGCAAAUCCUGUAAGGGCCAAGAGGUAGAAGAGAGCCCCGGGGCUCGGAAACGACAACGUCCUCCACCGGUGCCAAAGUGCCAUGUGUGCACUGAGUGUGGCAAGAGCUUUGGCCGGCGGCACCACCUGGUGAGACACUGGCUGACCCACACCGGGGAGAAACCCUUCCAGUGCCCUCGCUGUGAAAAGAGCUUUGGCCGCAAGCAUCACCUGGACAGGCACCUCCUGACUCACCAAGGACAGAGUACCCGGAGCAGCUGGGACAGAGGGACCUCUGUCUUUUGAAAUCUGUUUUUGCUGCAACUGUGAUCACAUCUAUUAGUUGGUGCUAUCAGGAGUCUCUGACAGAACCACUCACGUCCUGCAUCUCAGGGGCCACAACCAUGACCCCUGACCCCUGAUAAGAUCCCAGCAUUGACCAGAGCAUUUCUCAUCACUUCUGUGAGAUAACACAUAAAACAGUUCUUUGGGGAAUAGUUUUGGGAAACAAUGUAUACUGCCAUGGGCCUGAGCCCAUCCUCAAGGGUCAGUGAUAAUCCAGCAGUUCAUGGCUAAGGCCCAUUCUGACUGGUUGGAGCCUAUGCCACAUCAUUUGUUUGUUUGAUAGUUCAACUAUCACCCUUGCAUACUAUAACCAUUAUAUGAUAGAGGAAGGCCAUAUCAGCAUAUUAAAUUCUCUGUAAACAUAUGCAGGAAAGCAAGUUGUUAAGUCUCUUUUAGUGCAGUGUUUCCUAAAUGUACUUGGCCUCAAUAUCCUUUCUACCUUAUAUCCCACAGAACUAGUGACUCUACGAAACACUCUGGUGACCACUGGGUCAGAGAGUGAGGAAGGAACAGGUGAUCAGGCACUCAGAGCUCCCCUUUUUUAAUCCCAGUGAUAGCUGAGGGGCAAACUCAUUCCAUGUGGGUCCAUCACCUUUAUCCCAACCAUCCAAUACAUGUCUACACUUUUCACUCCCAACCAUUGAAAAAUAGAAACAUUAAUCUUUAUCCCUGUUCCAACUCCAUUCAUCCUGCACAUAAAUUUAUCCAGCUGAGAGAACAUACUACAAUACUGAGAGAUGGAUCUUAUAUCCCCAAGAAACCCACACCCACACAGAAGGAAAAAACUAUCCCCCUGAACAUACCCAUCUCCUCUGACUGUGUCUUUAUGUGUCUGUGUAUCUGUGUGCAGGGUCUUUGAAGAAAGCAUGCAAAGUGCAAACUGUACAAGCUAGAUUUUCUAGGGACUGUGUUCUGGGAAGAGGGUAGUGGGUAUUAUAUAGGGCUUUUUUUGUUGUUUUGUUUUAGGGUAGAAAGUAAGCUGAACAAUUGAGAGCCCUAGUAGCAGGGCUCUGUGACGAUUUCGAUGUAGAAGUUGAGGUUUCCCCAGCUGUCACUGACAUCAAGACAACUAUAGAUCUAGAUCUGUCUGGACCACAGAUAAUUUUUGUGUGGGAGGAGACAGACUUUAGUGAGAUAAACUAGCUCUCACUGAUGGCAAGCAAGGUACCUAAGGAAGUUUGGUCAUGAUUGGUGUUUUCUCAUUUUGUUUAAAGAUCUGGGAAAUCAGGGCAGGGAUCAGUGUUUGCAAAUUGUCUUCACCCUUGUUUGCCCUUGAUUGCCUCCUAAGGGGCAGAAUCCUGGAGGAUUUCAAUUCUUUCAGACAGAACUUUAAGGGGAAUGGCUAUGGUUUAGCUUUGCAGCUAAUGCAGGGUAAUGAGCUUUCCAGUUGGUUUUCCUCCCAGUUCCGGGAAGUUGUCCACACUGAGAUACAACUCCAGGACUUGCUAAGUAUUCUAGCAUCUGAUGGUUGAUGUUUAGUCAUUGUUUUUCUUCAUUAAUAAUGUAUUAAUACCAAUUCUGUAAUUUAAAAAUUUAUAUGUAGUGGCAGUUUGGAGCCCAGGAAAGAGAGAAGAACAGAAAAUAAAAGUGGGAAGUUACCUCUCUGCUGCUUAGAUUCUGUUUCCACCCUCCACUCCACCACCCAAAGACAUUAAUUUCUCAACCACAGAAAAAAGUGAGUUCCAACAGUCUAGCUUAAUGAGUGACCCAUUGCUUGGUAAAAACUGCUUGAAUCAUUAAAUGGAGUUAAAAAUGGGCUCAUUUUGCUAACAAGUUUUCUUAGAGGAGCAACCCAGUCCCACUUAUCCUUCUGCACAGAGUAACCUUCCUUCUUUGUCUGAAAUAAAUGCUUUUUUUUUUUUUGCUCAUAUUCCUGUGAAUAGAGCAAAGUGGCCAGUCUUGUAAGGUGGCUUUGUUCCAGGUCCUCAGACAAGAGCAUUUUAGGAUCAGUAUUUAGAGUUGCUCCAGGGAAUAGGAAGGUCCUGGAUUCCAGUGGUAAAGUUGGCUUACAUCAUUUAUCUUGUAAUCCCACUAUGCUUCAUUGAUGCAGAUUAGCAUUAUGUAAACAUUUGAGAACCCAUUUUGGAUCACAGACCCUUUCAGAAUCUAGUGAAAACCAGAACCUCAAUUUGGAGGAAAAUAAGCAUUAGCAAUUUACUCAAUUUGGCAUCCAAAUUUAGAGCCUAUCCAGGAAUCACUAAACUGGGAUCAAAGGGCAUCACCCUGACCCACUAAUAUUUUGUCAAGAAAUACAAAUCAAGGAUCACUAAAUGUUUUAAGGAUUAAGAUACCAGGAGCAGUAGGGUAUAAGAAUAGUCUGGUCUCAGAUAACCAGAGGGUAUUGCUUACAUUAUAUUCCAUGUUUUAGAAAAGAUAUGCUGACAAAUCCAGCUCACAAAUUGACAGGAGGUGACUCUCCUUACUGUCAGGUCACCAUUCUUAAUAACCACAUGUAUGUUUACCCCAGCUUUUGAUCUGCCUUAGUAAUUGUAACAAUAGAAAGUGAAGCCUCCAAAGUGUUAAGUACAGUCCUAGCGCCCAGUUGAAGAACAUCAUGGACUCUAAGGUUUUUUUGCAGAAGCAGCAACCCAUUUCACUCUGGUAUACCACUGUCUUCUCUACCUCUGUCCAACACCUUUUCCCUUGGAUAAAAAAAUAAAAUAAAAUAAAAAAGCAGCAGUGAUUGGAUGGGUAUUUAGAGUUGAAUGAUUUUUCCCAGAGGGAAUCAACCUCAGACUCCAAUCUUUCACCCAGCUCCCUUAUGCUAUGUAUCCACCCUUUAAAUAAAAAAUAAAGUCUCUGUGUUCUUUCUGGGCAAAGUGUAAAAUAGGAAAAUCCAUCUUCAGGAACUCUCUGGUGCCUAUUCCCUAUUUAGGGUUGAAAUAUCCUCCUGUUUUCCAUCCCAUCAAAGUAUCUUUGGUGAAUAUAACCCUAAGUAGUAGCUAUUCCCAGAGCUUUGCAUUGUUGUGGCAGUGAGAUAUGUGAUAUUAUGCCUUCAGGGAGUUAAAAGAAUGAUAAUUUGAAACAAAAUACAUCCCUUUCCAGUAAUCCUGCAAUCACACCUUCAAGAACAAUGUAAGCCCGAUGGAGAACCAGAGGUAUCAGGCAGGUUCUUUCCAUCUCUUUUCAACUCGAUAUUCUGGGAGGGGGUGAGUGGAACUGGGCAAUACCAGAAAAUUAUUUCCUUUGAGGUCUAAGCUAGCAAAAUUUCCUCCAGCUGCCUGGAGUGCUAAGUUUGCCUCCAUCUCAAAUGUGGUCUUUGAACCAGCAACUUCAGUAUCAGCUGGCAACUUGUUUUAGAAGUGCAAAAUAUU